GUAAAAUAGUAUUUUUCCUUAUGGUUGGUAUGAGUGUUUGUAUAAUUUCAAGUUGAAGUGCUAGUGACAUAACACUCAUGUGCAUUUUUUCCUCUUAAUCUAAAUAAUUAGGGAUAAAGUGAACCUUUCCGACACGAAAUCUGAGUUUAACAAAACUUCCGAAAAUGUCCUCUAUUGUGGUGGCUCGCAUUUUAACUCCAGUUGCCCAUAGAACUCUGCGGCAUCUAAUCAACAGGAAGUCUAUCUCACGGUUCCACAACUAUGCGAAAACUCUGCAAAUUGUUAUUCCCCAAUCUAAUCAGACGAGGCUCUACUCGGAAAAGAAGGUGUUUGCUAGGGAUAAGCCCCAUUGUAAUGUGGGCACCAUAGGCCAUGUCGAUCAUGGGAAAACCACUCUUACAGCUGCAAUCACCAAAGUUUUGUCCGACCAGAAAUUGGCUAAAGCUAGAGGGUAUGCUGACAUUGAUAAUGCUCCUGAGGAGAGAGCAAGAGGUAUCACUAUUAACGUUGCGCAUAUCGAAUAUCAGACCGAAUCCAGACAUUAUGGGCAUACCGACUGUCCAGGACAUGCUGAUUACAUCAAAAACAUGAUUACCGGUACUGCUCAGAUGGACGGUGCAAUUUUAGUGGUUGCCGCCACUGAUGGCGUUAUGCCCCAAACUAGGGAACACAUUCUUCUUGCCAAACAAAUUGGAGUUAAAGACAUCGUCGUCUUCAUUAAUAAAGUUGAUACUGCUGAUGCUGAAAUGGUCGAAUUGGUUGAAAUGGAAAUUAGAGAACUGCUAACAGAAAUGGGCUUUGAUGGCGAUAAUAUUCCCAUAAUCACAGGAUCUGCUCUGUGUGCACUCGAAGGCAAACAGCCUGAAAUCGGCAAAGACGCGAUUCUCAAACUGUUGGCGGCGGUAGACGCCCAUAUACCCACACCCAUUAGGGACUUGGACAAGCCAUUCUUGCUGCCUGUUGAGAACACUUACUCAAUUCCUGGGCGUGGUACUGUCGUAACCGGUCGUGUGGAGCGUGGUAUUAUCAAAAAAGGUUCCGAAUGUGAAUUCGUCGGUUUUAACAAAGUGCUAAAAUCGACCGUCACAGGAAUAGAAAUGUUCCACCAAAUUCUGGACGAAGCACAAGCAGGCGAUCAACUGGGAGCUUUGGUCAGGGGAAUCAAACGUGAUGACAUCAAAAGAGGAAUGGUCUUGGCCAAGCCAGGCACAGUAAAGUGCUACGAUCACAUCGAGACACAAGUGUACAUUUUGAAUAAAGAGGAAGGUGGCCGAGCAAAACCAUUUACCUCCUAUAUUCAGCUGCAGAUGUUCUGUCGAACUUGGGAUUCCGCUGUACAAGUUUUGGUGCCAGACAAGGAAAUGGUUAUGCCAGGAGAAGACUCAAGAUUGAUAUUGAGAAUGAUAAAGCCCAUGGUUCUGGAACAAGGUCAGCGGUUUACCCUUAGAGAUGGUUCAGUUACAUUGGGAACGGGAGUGGUAACGAAAAUUUUGCCUAAGUUAAAAGAAGAUCAGAGGGAAGAGCUUACUGAAGGCAAAAAGGCCCGGGAGAAGAGAGCGAAAGCGGCAGCCACCGGCCAGUGAAGGAUUUGCAUCUUACGUAAUUAUGACUACGUUUUCUGAUAUAUCUAGGUUACAUUAAACUUUAUUUUAUAUAACGCUCGAGGAUGGUGCGAUUUAAAGAAAAUGGCUUAUUUACCGUAAGGCAGUUUUUUGUUUAAGAUUGGAUGUCGUAUAUUCAAAUAUAUGCUGAUGUUCUUGU